CGUGGAUGUGGGCAAGCGGCUCCACUCCGCUAAAUAAAAAUAUAACAGCAACUGAGGAGAGGGUUGAAAGAAAUUUCUGCUGCUCUAUUACUGGACAUCAGCAAAGCAAUCAUGGAGACACUGGAUGAUCAUUAGAGUUGAUAUACUGUUCGUGGCCAUCGCACUGAAAUAUCUACGCAUUUAAAAACUGGUGUAAGGUCAAGAACGUCAACUAUUUCAAGUUGCUUCAAGGGAAAGCAAACUUAUAGCAACCAUGAGUACCACGCCAAAUGCCAUUACAUGAGAACGGGCACAACGGAAUAUAUCGCUUGCUGGUUGUCCUGUUCGGCAAGGUUACUGCGAUAGCAUAUAUACCAAUCUGUAAACAUGAAAACGCUUCCUGGAUUAUUGUGUGUUCAUGAGGAUGCAUUAUUUAUACCAGCAACCAGGAGGAAAAUCUAACGUAGAACUUGGAAGAGCGUUUAAAGUGUCCACUAAUAUGCGGAAGAUGAUAGCAAAUUUACCUGUAGAGGUUCAAGUUAACACCGGCGACGACCCAGUUGUGUUAAGAUUGAGGAGGCUUAGAAUAUGGGACAUGCAAAUGGUUACUGCUGACAUGGGAACUGUGGUUGCAAUGUCUACCAGCCGUGUGGGUUUACUGAUCUUUGUCUAUUGCACAGCACUGUGUUGUAUAGGACAGACGCUCGGAAAAAAGUCUUCCAAUCAUGACAAUGAAGUAAGAAUACAUUCGGAAAACAUCACACGUAUUCUCGAUAGACUUCUUGAUGGAUAUGACAACAGGCUACGACCCGGGUUUGGAGGUCCUGUCACUGAAGUGAAAACCGACAUAUAUGUGACAAGUUUCGGUCCUGUAUCUGACGUCGAAAUGGAAUAUACGAUGGAUGUCUUCUUUCGUCAAACUUGGAUUGACAAGAGGUUGGAAUUUGAAGGGCCCAUUGAAAUCCUUAGAUUGAAUAAUUUAAUGGUCAGCAAAAUUUGGACUCCGGAUACUUUUUUCAGAAAUGGAAAAAAAUCUAUCGCUCACAACAUGACUACUCCCAACAAGCUUUUCAGGAUCAUGCAAAACGGCACAGUACUUUACACCAUGAGACUCACCAUCAAUGCGGCGUGUCCUAUGAGAUUAGUGAACUUCCCAAUGGACGGACAUGCGUGUCCCUUGAAAUUCGGCAGCUAUGCCUACCCAAGAAGUGAAAUCAUUUACACAUGGAAGAAGGGCCCCUUGUACUCAGUAGAAGUACCAGAUGAAUCUUCGAGUCUGCUUCAGUAUGACCUUGUCGGCCAAACUGUAUCCAGCGAAACGAUGAAGUCCAACACAGGUGAAUACAUAGUGAUGACAGUGUAUUUUCACUUAAAAAGGAAGAUGGGAUACUUUAUGAUUCAGACUUACAUUCCAUGCAUUAUGACAGUAAUUCUCUCUCAAGUGUCAUUCUGGAUUAAUAAGGAGUCUGUCCCAGCUAGGACAGUUUUCGGUAUCACUACAGUUUUAACCAUGACUACGCUAAGCAUCAGUGCACGCCACUCGCUACCCAAAGUGUCCUACGCUACUGCUAUGGAUUGGUUCAUAGCUGUAUGUUUCGCUUUUGUCUUUUCUGCGCUCAUCGAAUUUGCAGCUGUAAACUACUUCACAAAUCUUCAGGCUCAAAAAACCCUAAGGAAAACGGCUCGAACAGCAGCAUUGUCAUCAGCAAUGGCUGUGUCUGAAUCAGAGAAGAUAGUUUCGCAUUCUGAUUCCAAUUGCAGUUUAAAGAAAAGAACUCCAUCAUUGGCAUCUCAGAAAGAGUCAACAGCCAACGUAGAACCAGAUACAAACAGCUGUACUGACAAUGUGUCACCAAUUCCGUGUAUCCGUUCUGGUCUCACUUCAUUGGCUCAAUCACAACCUGAUACUGGAACCAGCAAAAUCGACCAAUAUGCCAGAAUCCUUUUUCCAUUGUCAUUUGGAGCAUUUAAUCUGGUGUACUGGAUAGUGUAUCUUUCAAAAGAUACUAUGGAAAUGGGAAGCAAUAUAUAAGUUUCUAUGCUAUGUUAUAUAUAUAUAUAUAUAUAUAUAUAUAUAUAUAUAUAUAUAUGUACAACUGUUAUAUUAGUUUAUACUCAAAAAUAAUGGAUAUUAAGGAGUAUAUUAUGUCAGCAGCACAAAGAAGGGUUCAGAUGACAAUAUAAGCAACUGCUGGUAAACAAUGUUACCAUCUUGAGACAUUAUUCCAAAUAAGUUCUUUCUUUUCUAAUGAUACAUAAGGAUCACAAAUAUGAAAGAAAGACAUGGACCCAAAAUGGCAACAACAAACUCAAUUUAACUGCAAUUUUUUUUACUGGAAAUCCUGCUAAGUAUGUUUUAUGUAUUCUGUAGUUAUGGAACAUGACAUGAGCAUAGUAAAUGACUCAGUCUGUAACCACAGCAAAUUUUGAUUUGACUCUUGUAUACAGGGAAAUAUUGUGGCUAUAUGUAUUGGAAUCUUGUAAAAAUAUUAGGUUUUUUUUUUAGCUUCGGUACUGAAAGAUUUUAGAAAAUACUUCAUUUGUGUGUUCACUGUGGUUUGAGUAAACUACUACAAUUUAUUAUAGCAUUCUAUUUUUGUUUAUAUUCAAGGCUUUAUUUGUUCAUACUUCUGAUUUGGUGAAAAUGUUCUGUAAAAUAUAUUUUUUUAAAACAAAAAUCCAAAAUUUGAAUUGCAGUAAAUAUGCUCCAACCAUUUAAUUCAGAAGGAGUAACAGUUUAAACACAAACUGCUCUAUCAGGACUUAUUUUGAUUAAUUGAACAGUUACAGCAGAAACACAAUACAUUUUUAGAUCUAUUUUUGUUGAUUUUUUAAAAAGCAAAAUUAUUUUAAUAAUGUGUUGAUAACAGAAUUGGCAUGACCUAAAGGAUCUGAUGAAUUUAACUGUGGUGCAGUUUUUCUUGCCAGCAACUUCUUACAUUUAUGAUCACAUUUUCUAUUUUUUUUUAGUUAGAUCUACCAAGGUUAUAGCAUUUUCACUGAAUUAUGUCAGUUCUCCUUGCCCAACAGCUACAGUCCAAUUUGUGGACUGAGAUGAUAGGACACUGCAGAAAAACUAAAUUCAACCAGUAAGAUUUGAGCAAUAUAGACUUCUGUUAAAUUAUUUUAGUAAUUAUAUUUUUUGUGUUUAUCGCUAAUCAUUCAUUCUCUCAAGAAAUUAAUCAAAAUGGGAUUACCCAUGAAUCAGCACAUUUUACAUAGGUUAUUAUUUACUGGCAUAGAGAUGAAGUCAGCAAGAAUUUGUCGUUCUUUCCAUAUUAUCUUUUAUUUUAAAAAGGCAUUAAAUGGAAAAAUAAUCACAGGCAGCACCAUAAAUUGGGCUAUAGUACAUUAGCUGCCCAUUUUAUACUUAAACUGAUUGUUUUAUUCCUCUUUUAUAGUGAAGAAAACAGAUGUAAUGUGAGUUCAUAACAUGCUGUUGUCCAUCAUGCACUAUCAAUGAAGACUUAUUUCACCCAUUGAUUUCAUUCUUAUGUCAUAGAAUCAUAGAAAUUUAUAGCAUUGAGGGGAUCAUUCUGCCCAUUAUAUUCGUGAAGAAGAGCUGUUGAGACUAAGUCUACUUUCCAGCUUAUGGGCCAUAGCCUUGCUGUUUAUGGUUCAUGCAGGUAUGUUAAAAUGAUAGUUCCAUCAUUUAUGACAAUGAGUUUUACGCUCCACCAUGUGUUGGGCAGAAUUUUCUUCCCCCCAUCACUUCUCCAUGCCUCCAAAAUCUUUCUACCUAAUGCCUUUAAUUUAUAGCUCCCAGUUCUUGAUUUCUCUCCCAGGAAAUAAGUCCUUCAGAAUCAACUUAUCUAUGUGAUCCAGUGGAAUUAUUGAUUUUGUUGGUGAGACAGCACUAAACCAACAUGAACAAUUGAAAUCACUAAAUUAGCGAGGAGGCUUUGGUUUAGAGUUAUGCUAAUAUUAGUUCACUUUUAGAAUAUAAGCCUAAGAAGCAUCCUUUGGUUAAUUUUACUUUUGAUUCUGUCCUUAAGGAAUUGAUCCUUUAAACCACCACUGCUUAGUUUAUGUCAUACUGUUCGACACCACUAUUGCCAGAAUGUUCAUACGAGUUUAUCAGAUGACUUCUCUAAACUUACAUGAAGGCAUACUUUCCUCCAAAGUUAAAAUAAAGCUUACUAUUAUCACUUGUGCCUUCCACCCUAUCACAGACUUUCACUUUUGUUCUCUCCUGCUUUUCCACCUUGCGUCUGCAUCUUAAAAUUCAUUUUCCCAGUUCUGAUGAAAGCUCUUCAAUAUUAAAUGUUAACUUUAUUUCCUCCAAAGAUUUUGCUUGACCUGCUGACUAUUUCCAGCAUUUUCAGCUUUUAUUUCAGAUUUCCACUCUGCGGUAUUUUGUGUUUGGAUCACUAUAUUCCUCCUUUAACCGAUGAAGCAUGACUUGUUUAUGGGUUCUGAGUUGACUGAUGAAGCCAAAUUAAGAACUGUGGACGUUUCCACAGAGAGACUGGUGGGUUGUAGUUUGUGAGAUGGUAUGCUCCUUUUGCUGCUUACACAGAGAUUAUUCUUCCAAUAUAUCAACUUGAGGUUCUCAAUAACAUCCCAAAAGCCGCUUCUCUACUUUGAGCAUUCAUUGGCUAGGAAGUACCAAAAGUCAGAGGAAGGUUUUGAGCACAUUCUUGAAUCUUUUCUGUUUGCAUGGUAAUCUCUUACCAGGACUGAGCUGGGAAUAGAGUGUAUGUUCCGGGAGUGUCAUGACGGACAUGCAAAGGGCAUGUCUUCAUGGAGUAUAACUAAUUCAACAGUGUUUGGGAUGUUGGCCUGGGAGAGGACUCUGACCUUUCCAAUGCUUAUCCUUCCAGUGAAUUUGGAGGAUUUUGUGGCGAUGGCAUUGGAGGUAUCUUUUCAAUGCCUUGAGAUGCCUUUUGUAGGUAGUCCAAGUCUCAUUAGCAAAUAGAAGAACAGGGAUUACUGCUACCUGUUUAAUCAUGAGUUUUGUAUCAAAUCUGAGGAUUUGAUACUCAUACGUUCUUUUCCUCAAUCAACCAAAAAUAGUGGUAAUGUAUUGAAGGGAAUGAUGAACUUCAUCAAUGACGCCUGCCUUCACUGCAGACAAAUUUCUGUGGCCAUCAGAAUUUGAAGAGAGUUGCCCUCUAAGUGAUGGAAUCAAAGGCUUUAGCAAGAUCAAAUGAGGCCAUGUGUUGUGAUUGAUACUGCUCCCUGAACUUCUCUUGGAGUCAUCACAUUGAAGAUGAUGUCCACAGUGCCUUCAGGCAGAGGGAAUUCUGGAUUUGGGGAGUAGUACUCCUGCCUCUGGGAGGGCGUAGUUAAGGAGGACCAUGACAAUGACUUUCCCUGUGGCUGACAGAGAUUGAUUUGUCUCAUUUCUUAAAGGUAGGCACAAUUAUAGCAUCUUUGAGGUCUCCUGGAUAUUCCCUCAUCCCAGAUGUGAAAGAUGUAAUUUUGCAUUUGUGACUGAAGCUCUUUCCCACUGAGUUUUAGAACUUGAACAAGGAUAUUAUAUGCUCCCAAGGCCUUGUUUUUUAGUUGGGAUAUCAUCAUCUUGAUCUGCAGUGGUGGCAAAGCCGGAGUGAGUGAACUGAAUAACAUAUCAAGAUGAUAAAUAAGGUUUUCUUUAUAAUAUACCAGCUCUAAAUUUUAUUUUAUUUGGUAACUGACCUAAUAAAAUGUUGGCCUUCAAAUUCCAUAGCUCAGCACUUGCAUAUUGCACAAAUAAACUGAAGUAUAAAACUGAUUAGGAAGAGCAAUCAGUCCUUCCAGGUAUAUAGCACACACUGGAAAAUGUGCAUGAUAUACCUGUGGAUAGAUACAGAUGGAUGCAUAGCAACAGCAGGCACGGUAGUGUACUGACUAGGCUAACGCUAUUAUAGUGCCAGCAACCCAGGUUCAUUUCUGGCCACUGUCUGUAAGGAGUUUGUUGGUUCUCCCCGUGUCUGUGUGGGUUUCCUCCGGGUGCUCUGGUUUCCUCCCACAUUCCAAAGACAUAUGGGUUAGGAAGUUGUGGGCAUACUAUGUUGGCACUGGAAGCAUGGUGACACUUGCAGGCUGCCCCCAGGACAUUCUACGCAAAAGAUGCAUUUCACUGUGUGUUUUGAUGCACAUGUGACUAGUAAGGAUAUCUUAUCAAUGUCAAUUGACAUCCAAUGCAUAUUUGACAUUGCUGCUGUAGUAAGAAGCACACAAACAUGCUGAAGAAAUUGUGUGAUCUUAACAGGAAGAGCUAGUCUGAAAGGAAGAAAAAUUGCUCUGCUUGAUCAUAACUUGAAGAGACUAUCUCCUCAUAAAACAUUGCUCAUAAGUAUACCAUUGAAGAUAAUUGUAGAAUCUUCUCAAAUAGAUUACAAUUAUGUAAUUGCUCUUGGCAUAUCCCCAACCAUUCUAAUGCCUCCCCAGGCAGCCUCAAUGUCACAAUACUUGAUUACGUAUUCCAAUUGAACUAUGUUGCUUGAAGUGAUGUUUCCCACUGGCAACUAUGCUCUUUGGAGCUCCUUCUGUGGCAUGAUAUUGCAUGUCUAGAAAUACCAUAGGCUUGGCAUUCAUGAUGCUUAUGCGCACAACUCUAUGUAUGUUGUACGUGCAAGAACAUUACUUCAUGGCUCUGGAUGGAACUGGCAUGGGUCUUGGAUGUGACACUAUUUUAGCUCACUUCUAGCCCAUGGAAUUUCAUGGAUUAAUAUUGUAUAAUAUGAAAGCUAUAUAACAAAUCAGGUAUGUCCUCAGAGUUACAAUUACGAUAUAAGUAAAACUGUUGUCGAGUCACAAAUAAAAGCAGAAUGUGGGAAGUACUUGGCUGGUAAAACAGCAUCAGCUGGGAGAGAAAGUCGUUGGGUCAGUGAUCUUUCACUGGAACUGGAAAAGCAAGAAUAUGUGUUAAGUUGCAGAAAGGAAAAGGGUGUUGAGAAGAGAGGGAACAUUUGUGAUAGAAUUUGGAUCAAAUUUGUCAAGGUAACCAACCAUUACUUUUAAAAAAAUAGCAGUUGGAGACAAAGAGGAAAAAGAAACAAAUUGAAACAAAGAGGUACUGUCACAUCAAUGGAAGGAGACAAUAAUAAUGGAAAGAUUACCUGAAACUAUUAUAUUCAAUAUUAAGCCUUAAAGGCUGCAACAUCAGCUAGAAGAUGAGGUGUUGUUCCUCAGUUAGUUAGACAUUGUUGAAGCAAUCUAGGAGGCCAGAGACAGGUCAGAAUGGGAGUGGUGUGAAGAAUUAAAGUGGUAGGCAGCUGAAAGCUCAGGUUCAUCCUCACAGACUGAACAGAGGCAUUCUGCAAAGCAUUCACUCAAUCUUCAUUUGGGUUCUCCAAAGUAGAGGAAGCCACAUCAUGAGCACCGAUUGCAUACUAAAUUAACAGUACAAUUGAAUUAUUGCUUCAACUGGAAGAACUGUUGGUUUCCUGGAUGGUGGGAAAGAAAGAGGUAAAAAAGUAGGUGAUGAAUCUCUUGAGGUUGUGUAGGAAAGUGCCUUGAAAAGGGGAGUGGUUGGUGAAGGAACAAUAGAUGAGGGAGUUAUGGAGGUAAAAGUCUCUUCAUAUUGCUGAAAGUGGGGGAGUCAUGGAAUCCUUUUGGAAUAGGUGGCAAAAUUAUGGAGGAUAAUCCAGUGAAUAUGGAGACAAUGGCAGAUAAGGAUGAGGAGAAUCCUAUCCGUUUCUUAGCUGGGAGGAGAGGAGAAAUGUGGAGGAGACACAGAUGAGCAUCCUGUCAAUUAUGCAGGGAAGGCCAUGGAUAAGGAUAAAGGAAGACGCCAUAAAGGCACUGGAGUGGAAAGUCUCAUCUCAUGCUCUUUAAAGUGUAGAAAUAUACAGCCAGAAAAGUGGGAAAUUCAAACCUUAAGAACCAGCAGGAAAAAAAAUGGAGACACAAGAGACUGCAGACACUGGAAUCUGGAGCAACAAGCAAUCUGCUGGAAGAACUCAGUGGGUCAAGCAGAAUCUAUGAGAGGAAAGGAAUUAUCGACAUUAGAUUGUUCUUCCAGUAGAUUGUAAGAAAAAAUAGGAGAUAAGGAGGACUUUAGUUAUGGGGAGAGAUUGGGAGGUCUUUAGCUAUGGAGAAACAUUGGAUAGGCUGGGCUUGCUUAUUGUGGAGAGAAGGAGGCUGAUAGGUAACCGAUAGUAUAUAAGAUUAUGAUAGUCAUUGAUAGGGUAGAUAGUCAAAAUCUUUGCUCUGUGGCAGGGGUAUCAAAACAUCAGGGCAUAGGUUUAAAGUGAGAGGAAGGAGUUUGAAAGAGGAUCUGAGAGAUAUGUUUAUUUACACAAAGAAUGCUUGAUAUCUGGAACAUGCCGGAGGACCGGAUGGAAUCAGAUACAAAUACUACUUCUAAGAGGCAUGUAGACAGAUACCUAGACAGGCAAGACAUUGAAGGAUACGGUCCUAAUUCAUGCAAGUGGGAUUAGGAUUGAUAGGCAAAAAGGUUGGCAUGGACAUGGUGGAUUGAAUGGCUCACUUCUGUGCUGUAUGACUUUAUGACUGUAUAAUGGAGGAACUCAUUUGUUUAAUAUCUUAGAUAAAUACCACAGCAAUAUAAAUAAUACGAAACACUUUAUAAAUACAAUACAGCAGCAAGCACUGUGGUUACUCCUCAAAGAUAAAUUAUUGAAUGGUUUGAAUGUACAUUGUAAAUGCAUAAUGAAAUGGGCCAAAAUAGUGCCAGAUUAAUGGCAUCAUUAAUGCUUGCUGCUUCUUAGGAGGAAAUCUGCAGUAACUUCAGGCAAGGGUAAAUGCACAAUUAUAUGUGAGAUAAGUAGGAGAAUUGUAAAGUUGCUGUCAGUGAUUUGUCACUCUGCUGCUAGCCUCAUGAAAAUGGCACCUUGCUGUCUGGCUUCCACAGAGCAGGAUGAAAUUCCUGUACAUAAACCAUAGAUAAACUCAGUACAGAAAGUUGAAACAUGUCAUUUCGUCUAUUUGCUAUUUAAAAUGUGUGAUAAAUAUUAAUUACUGCCAUUCAGCUGCCCUGAGACUGGAAAUGAACACUAUAAAGUAUAACGAUUUACUUCCUCAGUAUUUAAUUGAUAUUUUCAAAAUAUGUGUUUUUCUGACUUUAUUUAUUCUCUUAAUCCAAUUUGUCAUUUGACUUUAUCCAGAAAAGGAUUGAAUGUGCAUCUCAGAAAAAGGGCAGUCAGUCCUCUUAGCCUGUGUUGGAGUAUGAACUCCAUGAGCCUGCUUCCAGUCCACGUACAUCAUUUAGGUUUUCAACACAUCUUUCUGUUCCCUUUUUCUCAUUUUCAAAUCUAGUUUUGAAAGCUCAUGAGCUGUAUGCCUCAACUGUGUUAUUGAUCUCCACAUUCUAACCACGGUCUAUGUAAGCAUAUUUCUCCAUAUUUCUAGUAUAUACUAGAAAUUUACCAAUUAUUUACUAGUAAAUAACAUUUCUCUUCUUUUCCUAAUUUGACCAUGAAUUCAACCUGCUAAUUUACAAAUCAUAUUUUAGACAAUAGCCUAUUCCUUUAACAUACUGAAAUCCAGUCGAUUAACGAAAUACAUAGUUGCAUGCUCUGUUCAUUCAGAGAUCUUUGUCAAGCACAUUGGACUACUCCCACCUCAUGUUUCCAGCAAAUUGUAGCAUAAAAUAUCAUGGCAAUUAAAGAGUGAACACCAUGUCUAACUAAAAACCAGGCAUUUUUUGCUGAGUAAUUGAAGCAGUUUUUGGGUCAUUGAAUUUGCAGUUAAUUUGGAGGAUUUGAACAGAGGGAGGGGAGAGAGCCAAUUCACCAGCACCACUCAAUUAUUAAUUUGAAGCCCUGGAUAUUUUGAUCCCUGAGUUUUAAUUGCACCCUGCUGUUUACCAAAAGUGGAUGUAACAAGGCAUCUGGCUGGCGGCUGGAGAGUAAGAUUGUACAACCAACAGGUAAUCCACUGAUGUUCAGUAAAAUCACAGGGGGUGUGGCCAGCAGGAAAUAAUUGGGAAGUUAAAGAAGUAAAACGUCCUUUGUUACAUCUGUUUUAAAUGAGGGCAAAUGACAUCACCAAGAAAACAACCAGGAGGAAGUUCUGCUUCUACUGAUACUGAGGAAGAGAAUUAUCAUGCACAUACAUGAAGUACUCUGGGUUUAGGAUAUCACACAUGAUGUCAAUUCUGCUUAUUUACAUUGUUGGAGAUAGUAAAUUCCUUAAUAUUUCAUAGAUGUUAUCAGACCUUAAUGAAUUGAGUAACAUUUAAAAUAAACAAUGAAAAAUCAAAGAGUGUUCCAGUUAUUCACAACCAGGAUAAUAAAUUUCAUUUCUUUCCAAAGAGUACCUAAAGAUCCAUUAUUUUCAGAAGUCAGAUGAUCUAUGUAGAAGUCUCCUAAAAUCUCCAAAAACACAUUGGUGUAAAUGACCAACUAUCCCCAUUAUUGCAAGUUUCAGGAAUUUUGGGUCAAAUUGCAUUGUAUGAAAAAUGUAUAUCCCUAAUGAUAAUUCUCUCUCACUGUGUGAUCCUUUUGAAAGGAAGGCAUUAACAAUGGUAUUUCUAUAUAUAAUGG